AUGGAGAAUUUGUUUCCCUACCCCUUACUCCCUCAAAUGUUCAUUGGAUUCCUCUUUUUUCUCAUCUCACUCUACUUGCUUCGCUGGCAGUCUAUUAGACAUAAAAGUGUCGCAAAAAGCACAUCUCUACCACCGCCAGAAGUUUGCGAAGCGUGGCCUAUCUUAGGUCACCUCCACCUUAUCUUUGGCGGUUUAAAACCACCGCAUGUGACAUUUUCAGACUUGGCUGACAAAUACGGACCGAUUUUUAUUUUUCGACUCGGGAAAUACCCGGCCCUGGUUGUCAGCCAUAGAGAUGUCAUUAAAGAGUUAUUUGCCACCAAAGAUUUGGUCGCAUUAACUAGACCUAAAUUCAUCCAAGGCAAACACCUAGGUUAUGACGGUGCCAUGUUCGGGUUCUCCGAAUACGGCCUGUAUUGGCGCGAGAUCCGAAAAAUUGUCUCCGUAGAAUUACUCUCCGCACACCGCCUUCAGCUCCUCAAUCAUGUCAGAUUUUCUGAAACUGAGACUUCCAUCAAAGAGCUUUAUAAGUUCUGGGUUGAUCAUCGUAAUAAAGAUACAAAUGAUGAGUUUGUUUUGGUUGAAAUGAAUAAAUGGUUUGGAAACCUGACUUUAAACAUAAUCUUGAGAAUGGUUGCAGGGAAGAGGUACUACGGUUUAAUCGAUGAUAAAGAUGAGAAAGCAUCAAGGCGAUGCCAGGAGGCGUUGCGGGAGGUUUUCCGGCUAACCGGACUGUAUGUACCGUCCGAUUUGAUUCCGCUGUUAAGGUGGUUGGAUUUGGGAGGGUACGAAAAGAAAAUGAAAGCUGUUAGCAAAGAAAUGGAUGAGAUUGCUGAUUCAUGGGUGAAAGAGCAUCGGGAAAAGAGAAAGAUCAGUAACGGGAGUCCUGGUACUACUACUACUACCGAUCAUCACGGUGGUCGAGAUUUCAUGGACGUGAUGAUCUCACUGUUUGAAAAGGCAGAUAAUGCUGCGAGUUAUGAUGCUGACACAAUCAUCAAAUCUACCUGCAUAAACCUAAUAGCUGGUGGCAGUGACACAACAUCAGUGGCACUAAUCUGGGGGCUAACUUUGAUCAUGAACAAUCGACAAGUCCUGAAAAAAGUCCAGGAAGAACUGAACCAUCAAGUCGGCGGGAACAGAUUCGUGAAAGAAUCCGACGUUCCAAACCUACCUUACCUUCAAGCAGUUGUCAAAGAGACAUUACGUCUGUAUCCACCCGCUGCAUUAGGAGGAGUGCGAGAAUUCACGGAGGAUUGCACCGUCGGUGGAUACCGUGUCCGGAAAGGAACCCGACUGAUAUCAAACCUGUGGAAACUCCACAGAGAUCCUAACGUGUUUGAUGAGCCGUUGAAGUUCAAACCGGAAAGAUUUCUUACCGGUAAUAACAAGGAUAUGGAUGUCAAAGGUCAGCAAUUCGAGUUGAUCCCGUUUGGUAGUGGGAGAAGGAUUUGCCCUGGUGUCACUUUUGGACUUCAGAUGUUACACCUUGUGCUGGCUAGUGCCUUGCAUGCUUUCGAGUUCUCGACUCCGGCUGGGAAACCGGUCGACAUGACGGAAACAGCCGGGCUUAUAAACCACAAAGCCACUCCACUUCCGCUUCUUGUCACUCCCCGCUUGUCCCCUGCUCUCUACAACGUCUAACGGCUUUGAAUCCGCGACGGCGUUAGUUUCCAAGUGUUUUGUUCUAAUGGAGUCUUGCGUGUUAAGUGUUAGAAAAUUUAGUUUAUAAAAUAAAAUAAUUAAUUUAGAAUUUAAGGAAAUUAUUAUCCUUAAAUUCUAAAUUAAUUAUUUUAUUUUACAAACUAAAAUUUCCAACAUUAAGUGGUAAUUUAUGUGUUUUGUUUCAAU